AUGCUGAGCGCUCAGACGGAGUUCAACACCAUAUUACCGAUAGCCUACACUCACGGAUUUGCAGGAAAAGACCAAUGGGACGAUCUUCGAGCAUCUUGCUGCCAGAAUCAAUCAACCAUGUCUUGCGAUUUCUACAACAGCCCCGAUCCAACCUGCCAAAAUAAGGCCAGAGCUGCGGUUUCUGGAUGGAUCGAUAACGCGGUCUUUUCGUAUGACAUGUACCAGGACUGUUACCGUAACAUCUAUCGGCUUGAAAGAGUGGCACUCGCUAUGGGACUUGAGGUCAGUUCGUUCCUGUGGAAAGAUCAAGCUUGCUUGCAACGGCGGGCUUGCUUGUCACAGCAAUACAUCAAAUUUGAGAAAAGUGGUUUCUGUUGA